AGAAAUUCAGAUGUUUGAAAAUUAAAAAAUUGUAGAACUUGAAAAUUGAAGGUUUGCACAGCAUUACUAACAGCCCUACUUAAUGCUCUGAAAAAGGUUCUAGUUACACUAAUGGAAUUAGGGCAGAAAUCGAACUUUGAUGAAGGGAAAAUUUCAGCAGGUAUAAUUAGACGAAACUUGAUUUAAUUCCAGUUCAUUCAGCGUUAGAACUCUGGAUUUAUUUAUCGAUGCGAAUUCGAAACUUUGCGUUUGUUUAUCGAUGCGCGAGCAUCCUCUGAAAAGCAUGAAAGAUUAUCAAAGCGUACCGGAAGUCGCAUUGCGAUCAUUUCCCAAUAGCUACGCUUUCCUGCCCUAUCGGUUGGCUGCAUUCAAUCAUUGAAUCCCUUCUAUAUCUGUGCCACGAGAACGACACCGUCACAUCGUUUCUGAUGGCCACUUCGAUUCCGGAAAUAGGAAAUAAUCUACUCGAUGUUGUCUCGAGAUAGACUAACGAAUUUAGAACGUGGCCUUGACACCGUCGAAAGAGUCGAUUUCCUUCGUUAGGGUUCCUCAAUCAGCCGCCAUUAACACGUUCCCAAUAGGCUUAUAUUCGAAAUUUAAUUUUGCCGCGAAAAUCGGUUCGUGCGUUCGCUACUUCCGGUUCGUUACUUGAUAAGGGUACGCGUCAGAUUUCGCCGGCUGUGUGUAAAUAAAGUUUUACAGGAUUUUAAUGAAAUUUUAAUCAUGUACCAUGUUAUUACGUUAAUAUUUAUCAUUUUCUUAACAAAUGACGUAAGAUUUAUCGGCGAAUGUGGGAUUCGAGUGCAUUGAAUCGAAUUGAAAAAAACUGGGAUACAAGAGCGGAAGGUUUUCGUGGCAGACGUGAAUGUCAGCCGAAUCCUUAACCUAAUUUUCAUAUCAUACGGCAUACUACAUGUUUCCGGUUGUGUCACAUGGCGUGGAAAACGGCAAGGAAAAGAGGGAAAAAAAGAAAAAAAAUGACACGAAUCGCGGCCUAGUCGAGCGAGAAAUGGCUGUGGUAGGCGAUCGAUCGUGAGUCAAAUCUGAAGUUCACCACAGAUGUCGGUACUGUGUGGAAAUGUUUCCUUGUUUGCAGAAAAUACGUAUCCGAGAAAAUUGUAACGCGUUGACGGAGAAGUACGCGCCACUUUUGCGCGGGAAAGGUUAGGCUUCAAUUUGACGUCAAUCAGGACGAAGGGGUUAAUCCUGACAAACCUGAUAUAUCCUUCUCUUUAAUUAUGCUAAUCAACUUUAAUAUUCAAGUAUUGAGAUGUGAACUCAUUGGAAAUUACAAAAGUACACGAACGAGCAUGGUAGACCGUUAUAAGGAAAAUGGCGACGUAGAAAAGAUAAAUUAUAUUACUUUUUGAUUUUUUAUUGGAAAAUUUUCAAAUUUAUAAUUUUCUUAAAUCUGGAAGAAUAGUGUAGAGGAAAAGUAUAUUCUUCAAUAGAAGAAAAUGUGUAUAGAAUGUACUGAAUAACAGCACAUUAUUUGAUUGCUUCUUAUUGUCAGACAGGACUGUUUGAAAUUGAAUAACGCGUGCCAACGUUGCUACCAUAUAAAUGCGCCGCGCCACGAUGGUGGCGUCGCGACGCGGCUAGCGAGUCGAGUAGCAGUGGUUGCAUAGAGGGAGCGAGUUCAGUUCAGGCGCAAGGGUCCUCGGUUAAGGACGUGACGGUCCUGCUAAUCGGGACACUAUGCCAGGCGGCGAGGGGUCCCCGAUCAAUCUCCUCGACCACCGUACAUCGACCACUUCCGGCGAGUGCGCGAACAGUGACGAGGAUGAGAGAACGACAGCCACCGUUUCCAGCACGAUGACAACCGUCUCCGGGGGCGACGGUCUCAGACGGAGGAAGGUCAUACACGCGGCCAAAGAAACCCUCGAUAAAGCUUCUCGUCUUCUCAGACGGAAGAUACCAUGCACCGGCCACUUGAUGACCCCCCGCCGCCUAUGGAUACAAAAGGUUCCAACUCAGGAAUGCGACGUCGUGAUGAUGUUCCCCAGCGGAGCGAGCGACGAGACUUUGAUGUGGCUUCUAGGUCGUCUCCGGGCUGGAACCCCGGGCCUAGUGGUGCACGUGCGACACCAUGCCUCGUCAGAUAGCUACAGCUUUUACUUGACAGCCCCUUUUAGCGUAUUGUUGAAAGCAGCCGAAGAGGUGCAUUUACCGAAGACUCUACGACAGGAGUUCGGAGGAGGCUUGAAGGAGUUCGUAGGUUCAGAAGCGAGUUGCUUUGAAGGAAGCGACGACGAAGCUCAAUUCUUCACUACUCAGGAAAGGCAGUCAUUGGUCCUGCACCUGCUGCAUACCCUCAGGGCUGGUCCGCAGGAUCUUCACAGUCUACCCGGACUGAAGAUGGUCGAAGGACAGGCAAUUAUUCCAAAGUGCAUUUCCUCUGGGAUCAUUUCCCAGGUCUUCCCUCUUCACGAAUUGCCUGCGUUAGAGAAGUUACAAAGGACUUGGGUCCGCGCGUUCCUCAGCCCCCAACCCCUGGACGACAUUUGUAAAUACUUCGGAGUAAAGAUUACCAUGUAUUUCGCGUGGCUCGGACAUUACACCACCGCCUUGAUCGUUCCAGCUGCAGUGGGUGCCAUAUACUGGAUCGGCAUCAUCGGCAGGAAUCAGGCGGUGGAGGAUGUAGCAUACGUUCUGUUCUCCGUCUUCAACGUAAUCUGGGCCACGGUUUAUCUGGAAACCUGGAAGAGAAGGGGUGCCGAAUUGGCCUACAGGUGGGGUACCUUGGAUCAAAGAGACGACCUACUUGUCGAGCCUAGACCUUUGUUCACGGGCACGUUGGAAAUCUCGCCUGUUACGGGGAGACUCGAGCCAACUUAUCCAAGGUGGAAGAGAAACAUGUUUCGAUACUUCGUGAGCGUUCCCGUCAUUGCUGCCUGUUUAUUCUUCGUUUUCAUCGUGAUGAUUCUCAGCUUCCAAAUACAGGACUGGUGGGAUGCACGACUGGAAUCCAGGGGCUACGGAUUUUGGCUGAGCUACGUGCCAAAAGUUUUACUCGCCGUGGUAAUAGCAUUAAUGGACGAAGCUUACUUCAAAGUGGCCGUAUGGUUAAAUGACAUGGAAAACUAUCGGCUAGACACCGAGUACGAGAAUCAUCUGAUCUACAAGGUGGCACUGUUUCAGUUUGUAAACUCCUUCCUAUCGCUAUUUUACAUCGCCUUCUACCUACAAGAUCAAGAGAGGCUCAAAGAGCAACUGGCCGCUCUACUGAUAGCCCGUCAGGUGAUCGGCAAUCUGAAAGAGUCUGCGGUACCGUAUCUGAUCGAGCAGCUGAGGUUGGCACGUUUGAGCUUCGAGCUGUUCGGAGCGUUAAGCCCGAGCGAGGCAAGGCCACCCCCAGGCGAGGAGAAUGCUGAAGAGAGCCAGAAGGACUCAGAGGACAAAAGCGAACGAUCCGAGAGCGGGAAGAGCACGCAACCGAGAAACGUCAGCCAAGCUGAGCUGGAAAGUUCCCUCUACAGAGUAGGGCAUCCCACUAAUUCUCUACUUAGUGACGUUACGUUCAAGGUAUCGACCAAAAAGUACGAUGGGGCGUUUUCGGAACACCUAGAAAUGCUGUCGCAGCUGGGAUACGUCUGCCUCUUCUCUUCGGCAUUCCCUUUGGCUGCAAUGGCGGCGCUUCUUGGAAAUCUUCUCGAGUUGCGGGGUGACGCAUUUAAGCUUUGUUUCGUGUUACAACGACCCUUUGGUAGAAGGGUCUCUAACAUCGGUACUUGGCAAAACGCCAUGGAAGCAAUGGGACUCGUUGCUAUCAUAGUAAACUGCGCGCUGAUCGGUCUAAGCGGACAAGUGCAGCGAAUGUUCCCUGAAAUGUCCGCUACCCAAACGAUCCUUCUCAUAGUUGCCCUGGAACACAUUAUGCUUGGAAUACGGUUCAUUAUAAUAUGUGCCAUUCCGGACAUUCCACAUUGGGUAGCGACGGAAAUGGCUAAAGUGGAAUUCCUGAGGAGGGAGGCCGUUAGGAGGCUCUCAUCGACCCCGUCACCAGAACAGCAGCCAGCUACGGUGAUAGGGAGAUUCGUGGUGAGUCCAGCAGACGGAGAGAGCGAAGAACAGCAACUACUUUCCGACCGCACCGGAGAUGCAACGUCCUCGAGUCUUCCAGACACACCGACUCUGGCGUCAACCACCCAGACACCGAGCAGUCCUCCGACACCAAGUGCAGCGUCCGUUCCAAGGAUCUCAGAAACACCUUCUGCGGCUCAGACACCGGGUAGCGCGGGUAGUAGCGACGUGGGGACACCUAUUUUGACAGAGAACAACAUGGGCAGCGUUCGUGACCUUCACAAUUCACCUAGGUGCUCUAUUCCUGGUGGAGAACGAGGAAGGCGUUCCAGGGAAUGGUUAUCGACAGAGCCAGAAGCAUCAGGAGGCUCGGAUCAUUAUAGUCAUCAUUUAACGAUCGGACCUCAUGGAGGCGUAGAUUGGGUUCGAAGAUUGGGUCUCGAGCCUGGUGGUCGAAAAUCCAGCGAUUCCGAAAUCAGCGGAUCCGGUACAGUCAGUGGAAGUGGUGACGAGUUGACUCUUCACAGAUCCACCGACUGUAUCGUCUCAAAAGAUCUUGCUUCUUCGUCCGACAGUGAUCUUCUUCGAUCGGCUCCACCGUGGACGGUAGCUCACAGAAAUCAAAAGUUCCGUUUCUCCCCGGAGCGAGAGAGGGAGCGAGAAAGAGCAGAGAAGCAACAGUAUCAACAGCAUCAACGAGAAAUCCAGGAUCACAAACAAACAUACUAUGCGGAGAAGGAGAAGGAAAAAGAGUCGAGCGGUCUUUCAGAUUCCAGCAAAACACUUUCCAGUCAGGAAGAGGAGAAACCGUCGAAGGAAGAUCGAGAAGCGAAGAAAACAAGGGUGAAACAAAGCUUGAUGAAGAGAGCCAGAUCAGUGGCGAUAUUCUCGUUGAAACUGAAAGAACGCAGAGCCAGGGAAGCGGAGUUGAAAGCGAAGGAAGCUGAAAAAGAAGCUAGGUGGCAGCAGCCUCAGUCGUGCGUCGGUGGCGAGCUCUCUUGCAUCCCCAUAGAAAAGCUUAUAUCCGUGGAUGACAUCGCAGCCAUGGAAUUACGCAGACUUAAUCAUUAGCCGCUUCAAGUUUCACCUUCGUUUUACACGCUACGUAGAAACGUUCGUCCGCGCCAGUGAUACUCUCUAUGAAAAAGGAAAUCAGUAUCGUAAAGAUUGUUUCGUGAUGAUCGGUCUCGAGUUUUGCAAAAACCUUUGAAACAUCAUAUCAAUAACGAACGUAGAAAAAAUGAGGUUACGGGGAUUGGUCAAUUGUUUUUUCGUUUAAAUGAUAACGCACACGGAUUGUUUUUCGUGGAUCUCUUUUUAUCCGUCUCUAAUCGAGAAAAUUUCUAUGUCGAGUAACGUAUGUAGAAUAACGAAGUUGGACGAAAACUUGCUCAGUUUAUAAUUUUAUAAGAUAACGAUGGUACUAUGUUUGAUUUAGAGAUUAAUAACAAAUACGAAAUGUCAGUAACGAAACUUCGCAGACCUCUUGUAAAACUUGUUUCCGAGUUGAGUCUAUUUCUUCGCAAAAUUUCGAGUGAGUAUCAUUCGCGUACAUAAGACGCGCGGGAAACUCACAAGGAUUUUUGAAAAUACGGGAGAGACUACGAUCAUGAGGUUUCAUCUGGAUGUGUGAGAAUGAAAAAACUGUCAAUAUAUAAAAAAUGAAAAACAAACAACGGCGCACAAAGUAAAUUGAGUCACCACAAAUUCUAGACAAUGUUCUAUAGAGUACAGUUUAUAGAGUAUCAUUCUUAAAGGUCACAUUUUGGGUAGAUUAGUUGAUACCUCAGAAUUGUAGACUGUAAGCUCCAGGUUUUAUGCCAUCGAUAUUGUACCGAUUGUUUUUAAUUUCUGUACAAUGGGAGAAGGAAAAUUAAUAAUGUUCGAUUCUCUAAUUAUCUUUAGUUGAAGACGAAAUGACAACGAGUUUAAAUGAUUUAGCGAUAUAACUUAACACGCACGUUUUUACUUUCCAACGUUUUAUUCCUCCAUAUUGAUUUUCAUUAAGACAUACAAUUCAAAAAAAUGUGCGGGUUAAUACUACAUGAAAGUCACGUGUAUAAAUCAAAUAUUCUACAGUAACCGUUCGCUAAAUGAGCGCGAUUAAGAAUCAAAAGGAAUGUCAACCGAAGUCCGAAGUGCAAUUACGAACAUUUAUUUAAUUUAGCGAACAAUUACUGUACUUAUGCGACUACCGUUGCUACCAGUAGUCGGUCAGGUAUUUGACGCGAAACGAAAAAGGGCGACGGUCUCAUUGUUGUUGCUAACCUGUAACUUGUUACGUCGUGUUAUCUAAAUGUUUAUCAGUUAACGAACUUUCGUUAAAACAAAUCUCCACGAUAUAAAGUACAGAUGCACACUGGUUAAUAUGCGCCUACAUUAACGAAUUAAUUGACCGCAGUUUUCGUUCAACGAAGCACCGUACACCGAAAUAUAAUGUAUUUUACUUUGCCGCUCGUGGAAGGUGAAAUGUAAAGGAGAAACCGGAACGCUUAGAGAAAAGAAAGUUAGUUCGGUUGAUAAGCGAAAACAAAUUUUAGGGACCGUUUUUGUAUAUAGCCAACCGUUUACACAGCCGCGCGCAAUAGUGAAAUUUGGUUCCAUGGCCUAGCUUAAACAUCCCCGUCCGCUGCUGAUUAUAGCCGAGUUGUUCUCACUGAGGCACUUUCUUACGUUUCGAGUUUUUAAACAACCACAAGCUAGUGUUAUGAUUAGAUGCGUCAACAUUUUUCGAGCACACUGUUGAAGUUAAAUCAAUAUCGCAUUGUACUUUAGCGUGCCCUUCGGGAACCGCAAGACUAGAAAACAAAACCGCGAAGUCGAUAGAGAUUUAGCCGCUUCCGUGAGGCGAAGUUUUAAAAAAAUGUCAGCGAAAAGCAUCUGUGUUUGUUAGAUGUUUUGUAUAAAACAGGAACUGAGCCAAUAAAAACAUUCUACGAAGGAACAACUUGUUCCUCAA